CGUUUGCAAUCGGCCAUGGACAACGCCAGCGGAACGAGCGGCUCGGGCGCGCCACGAAGCCCGUCCAACACGAAUUUCCGGAGAAAUCUGGUCCGUGCCCUUCUUCUAGUAAUCCCGACACUGCUCCUCGUACCGUCGCUCUCCGUAAUUACGAAAAAGCCCUCGCCGCUCUCUUCCCUGGGCCCGACCAUGCAAUCCCCCUCCCUCUUCUUCUCCGCCAGUACACCUCCUCGCGUCAGGGCUCUGUACACCGCGAAUCCGCCGCCGUCCACGGCCGCCGGCAACGACCCCAGCUCCAUGGCGACCUCGGGUCCCAAGUGGGCCCAGAAGACCAUCACCCUGCCUCCCCAGAGGCGCGGCUGUCACCUCGUCACUCCCAAGAUUAUGAAGGAAAUUGGACAAGACUUGUCAGAAUUCAAGUGUGGCCUUGCACAUCUCUUCCUACAGCACACAAGUGCAUCACUUACCAUCAAUGAGAAUUACGACUCAGAUGUUAGAGCUGAUACGGAGACAUUUCUCAACAAGAUAGUUCCCGAGGGUAGAUCCGCACCUUGGAAGCAUACAAUUGAGGGUCCUGAUGACAUGCCAGCUCAUAUAAAAUCUUCCAUGUUUGGCUGUACCCUCACGAUUCCAAUUACAAAUGGGAAGCUUAACAUGGGAACCUGGCAGGGAAUAUGGCUUUGUGAGCAUCGAGACGUUGCCACUGCCCGGACCGUGGUAGUAACCCUUAAUGGAAUAUGAGAUGGCUCGAUUUAGCGAUUGGUUUUUGCCCUUAUGUGUAUAAAGUGAACUGAAAGAGGGAUGGAGUUCUUUCUUGAUGUUUAUGUCAAUUGCUAAAUGUGAUGACCGCUUUGCGA